AUGCAGGCACUCAAGUUGCAACGAAAGUAUCCGCAAGUGAAGCAGGAGGAGAUGUUUGAUCUCAUAAGUAAAUUCAAUGCCUUGGAUGUCGAAGGUACUGGCGCCAUUACCAAGGCCGACGCGAUUUCCGCACUUCAGAGUUCUGGAGAGGGAAGCUAUGACCAAGUCCGUGAAGUUCUCAAGGGUGUCAGUGUCGACGCUUCCGGAAAGGUCGAGUUGGAAGAUUGGUUGGUAACCAAGUUGCGAACAACACGUGCGGCAAGUAUUCUUCCAACAAAGGCCGGAAAAGUCACGGUUCAAGGCUCCAACGCGAACGUUAGCCACACGAUCAACGAGGAUGAGCGAAGUGAAUUCACCAUCCAUAUCAACGGUGUUCUUGCUGGUGACCCAGAUGUGGGGUCUCGUCUACCCAUCCCGACGGAUAACAUGCAGCUCUUUGACGAAUGCCGAGAUGGCUUGAUUCUGUGUAAACUUAUUAACGAUUCCGUCCCUGAGACCAUCGAUACUCGUGUCCUGAACGUACCAAAGACCAAGAAAGGAUUAAACGCAUUCCAAAUCACCGAAAAUAACAAUAUCGUCAUUACUUCUGCCAAGGCUAUCGGAUGCUCCGUCGUAAACAUUGGUUCGUCAGAUAUCGCAGAAGGUCGGGAGCACUUGAUCCUUGGUCUGAUCUGGCAAGUCAUUCGUCGCGGUUUGCUCAGUAAGAUCGAUUUGAAGAACCACCCAGAGCUCUACCGUCUCCUCGAAGAAGGCGAAACUGUGGAAGAUCUUCUCAAAUUGCCACCCGACCAACUGCUCCUCCGUUGGUUCAACUAUCAUCUCAGGGCCGCAGGUCACAAGCGAAAAGUAAACAACUUCAGCCGCGAUGUCGCAGAUGGCGAGAAUUACACGAUUUUGCUCAACCAAUUGAAACCCAACGAAUGCUCUCGUGCGCCACUCCAAGAACGAGAUUUGUUGAAGCGCGCAGAGCUAGUUCUUCAAAACGCUGACAAGAUUGGCUGCCGAAAGUAUCUAUCAGCACAAGCUAUGGUUGCUGGAAAUCCUAAGCUGAACUUGGCUUUUACCGCGCAUUUGUUCAACACCCAUCCAGGACUCGCGCCUCUGGAAGAGCCGAUGCCUACCGAGGCAGUUGAGGACUUUGAUGCUGAAGGCGAACGUGAGGCACGAGUGUUCACGUUAUGGCUCAACUCCUUGAACGUGGAGCCUAGUGUUUACAGCCUGUUCAACGACCUCAAGGAUGGGGUUGUUAUACUACAAGCAUUCGACAAAGUCAGCCCCGGUUCUGUUGUUUGGCGCCGAGUGUCGAAACCGAAGCCAGUCCCCACGUCCCCAGUUCAACAGUCUUUCGUUGUUGGCGGAGAUGAGGAAGAUGAAGGUCCGGUCCCACAUGCUGGGUUGUCCCGCUUCAAGGCAGUCGAGAACAACAAUUACGCUGUAGAAUUAGCUAAAUCCAACGGAAUGCACAUCGUGGGGAUUCAGGGCUCGGAUAUUGUUGACGGGACCAAGACACUAGUGUUGGGGUUGGUGUGGCAAUUAAUGAGGUUGAGCAUUUAUAAGACCCUUUCUUCCCUCACCAAUGGCGCGACUCCAAAUAGUCCCCCGCUGCGCUCGUUUAAGGAUCCCGCCUUAUCAUCUGCCGUAUUUUUCCUUGACUUGCUGGAUGCCUUGAGGCCUGGGAUCGUAGACUAUUCUCUGGUUUAUAAUCCUGCACGAAGUGACGAGGAGAAGAAACAGAACGCUAAACUCGCUAUCUCGAUCGCGCGCAAGAUGAAUGCGCUAAUUUUCUUGGUUCCUGAAGAUAUAGUUGACAUUCGACCUCGUUUGCUUGAUGUCGUUGACACUAAGUAG